CUAGCUUUCUCUAUCUGAAAAAUUCAAGCUCCAGCUUGAAGGUGCCAUAGCUAGGGUUUUCUGAAGUUCUUUGUUUUCCUCCGAAGCUGAAUUUUCCCGGCAAAUUCACUUAUUUUCCGGGGAAAUUCACUUAUUUUCCUUUGAAGGUUCAAAAUUUUCGACGAAGUUGAUUAGAAAAAGACAGCCUUUGUGGAUCCAUGUGGAGUUUUGAGCUCUGUGAGCCAUUUCUAGGGUUUUGUUAAAAGAGAGAGUUUAUAAGUGGAAAUGCCGGGUCAUAAGCCAAAAUCAGAGAAGAGCGAUGCGGCCAAGCAGCAGCGGAGAGACCCCUACGACGUUCUUGGGGUUUCAAGGAACUCUACGGAUCAUGAAAUCAAGAGCGCGUAUCGGAAAAUGGCUUUGAAAUACCAUCCUGACAAGAAUGCAAAUGACCCUAAAGCAGCCGAUAUGUUUAAGGAGGUCACAUUUUCCUAUAACAUUUUGUCUGAUCCAGAUAAACGGCGUCAGUAUGACACUUCUGGUUUUGAGGCUGUUGAAUCUGAAAGCCAAGAUUUGGAGGUGGAUCUUUCAAGUUUGGGAGCUGUAAAUACCAUGUUUGCAGCACUUUUUAGUAAACUUGGUGUGCCAAUUAAAACGACUGUGUCAGCUACUGUCUUGGAGGAGGCACUAAAUGGCAUGGUAUUCAUUCGUCCACUUCCUCUGGGGCAACCUGUGUUUAGAAAGGUUGAAAAGCAAUGUGCUCACUUCUAUUCUGUUACAAUAUCAGAGAAGGAAGCACAGGCAGGACUUGUGUGCCGAGUGCAAUCCGCAGAGAAAAGCAAAUUUAAGCUAUUGUACUUAGAUCAGGAAGAAAACGGUGGAUUAAGCCUUGCCUUGCAGGAGGAUAGUGCAAAAACAGGAAAGGUUACAUCUGCUGGGAUGUAUUUUCUUGGUUUCCCUGUAUAUCGCUUGGAUCAAACUUUGAACUCGAUGGCAACUGUAAAGGACCCAGAUACUGCUUUCUUCAAAAAGUUGGAUGGGUUUCAGCCAUGUGAAAUAGCUGAACUAAAAGCUGGCACCCAUGUAUUUGCUGUUUAUGGUGAUAAUUUUUUCAGAAGUGUAAGCUACACCAUUGAGGUUCUUUGUGCUGCGCCUUUUACAGAGGAAAAGGAGAAUCUUAGAGCUGUGGAAGGUCAUAUUUUGUCGAAAAGGGUGGAACUCUCUAAGUUUGAAUCCGAAUACAGAGAGGUUCUAGCGCAAUUUACAGAGAUGACUAGUAGAUACGCGCAAGAGAUGCAAGCGAUUGAUGAACUUCUUAAGCAAAGAAAUGAAAUACAUGCAUCUUAUACAACUGCUCCACUAAUGAAGCGCAGUAGUAGUAGAAGCAAGAGCAAGAGUGUGUCCAAGGAGGCCAAAGAGGAUGGCCAAGUAAGAGACAAGAAGUCCACAACGAGAGACCGGCCAAAGAAGAAGAAAUGGUACAACAUUCACUUAAAGGUGGACAAGAGGAAACCUUGCUAAUAUGACAAAUAAUCAGCUGCUUUUGGGCGGUGAACUUUCCGUUUUUGGACUCAAAUUUUGCAGCUUGUAAGAUUGAACAAGCAAAUUUCCUGAUGAAGCUAGUCCUGCAGCAGACUGUUUAUCAGUGAUGAUGUUGAAUGCUGGAGCUGGUGGAAUGGCAUGAUCUGUAAAGUCUUGCUACUCAUUGUAUUGUAAAAUUCUUCCAUCUUCUUUCAUUGUGUUUGUCAUCAUUCCCUUUGCCCUGUAAAUUGCAUGAUUAAUUGAUGAUGUUUCUUUCAAUCAACUCUUUUCUUGGGGUGGUGGUGUUGUAUUUAAGAACAAAAGAAGAAAGAAAAGAGAAACCCCCCCUGCUUCCUGGGACAGCUUCCAUACACCCGAUUGAAUGAUUGAAUACAAACCAUAGUAGAUCACUUAUAGGUUCUGGUUCUGGCAGGAGUUGGAAAAUGCGUGUUACCCUUGGGAGCGCAUGUGCCAUUGUUGCUUAUUGCAACUUGCAGCCUCGUACCAAUAUGGGCACGUGUUCAAUUAUUUAGACGGGAAUUGACAAUGUUAUAUGUUUUUUGGUGAUGUGCUUUUGGCUAUGAUACAUUCCUUUGGAUUUGGAUCCCUUUCAGUAUAUUUUUUCUUAUUUUCUUUCAGUAGUAGAUCAGCUGUUAUAAACUCAAGUGGGAUCAAAUUAUG